AUGGCUAGUGAGGAGAGUUUUGUGGUUUUGGUGCACCACAGAGGAUCAGAGAGUUUUCUUGUUUUGGUGCACCACAGAGGAUCUGUUAAUAGAAAAACUCGUUCCGGAGUAAAGUUCACAGAUAAGAAUCCUCUAUGUAUUGUCAUAACAUCUACGACGAGUUACGAUGAUCUUGUUAACGCUGUACUAAUGAAGCUUGGUCUGGAGGGUGCGAAGCGGGUAAAGAAGUUUUUCUAUCGCAUUCCAGUCACAGUGCUACAGAAUACAGUGAAGUAUGAUUGCUUCACGAUUAACAAUGAUGCGGACCUGCAAGUAAUGUUUCUCUGUCGGCGGCAGUUUCCGGAGGUGAGGACACCGGAGUUGUUGGCCCGGCUGGUUGAUGUUGUAUCCAGCUCCGGCGGUUCGAACAGGAAUACGAACACUAUGGCGAAUGCAGCAGGUUCUAGUUCCCGGCCUGCCGUUGCUUCCUCGUCCGUCCCUGUGUACGAACCAGUGGUCCAACAUGUCGCCUCCCCAUCUUUCGCUGUUGACCUCAAUGCCACCGAAGGCGACGAGGUAGUGGAAAGGGAAAAUUUGCCGAACGCUUUAGUGGGAGUUGCACCUGUUGGCGUAGGAGACGGUUUUUUGGACGAUGAAGACGAGGAUGACGUCGAGCCGGAUAUGAUUGACGAUGAUAGCGCUGAUGAUAUUGGAGCGACUGGGCCUGCAUUGGAGGUAGGUGGUUCAAGCUCUGGCACACAGCAGUAUCCACCACAUUUUUCCUCGUUGGACUUGGACGCCAUGAGACAUGAGGGGGUUUUAGGGCACGCUGUUGGAUUCGGAGCUAGAGAUGCGGAAGGGACUACUGGUCUGAGAGAGUUCUAG